AGAGUAAGCUGACUUGCUUGCUUACGAAGCACAGAUAUGACCAAAUUAUGUUAAAAUCGUUGUAAAACGUACAAGAUCAAGCAAAAAUCCCCAAAUCUUUACAAAUCUUUCAAAGCAUUGUAAAUUGCAAUGUUUAACAUGGUAAUAAAUCAGAUAUCUCGCAUGAUUAUAAAAUGUCAAAUAACGAUUAUACAUUUAAAGCACUAUGAAGUCGUUGUAUUGAUUAAAUUUUUUUUAUCAAAUACGUUCACCCCUGAAAUUUAUAACGUUUAAAUUUGUUUCACUUCCUCGUUUAUUCAAAAGGAAAAUACCAGCCAAAAUGGGUAACAAUCCGUCCGAACACUCCCCUCAUCGGAGUGAACAAAAGUCAACAUUUUACACUUCAUCAACCGAAGAUGGUGAAAUGGAAAAUCAAUGUGAUGACGGCUUGCUUGAUACAGUGGAAACUGAAUUAGACCAUAUCAAUUCAACCAUAAAAGAAAUCAAAUGUAAAACUCCGGAUGAAAUAAAGCAACAACUGCACACACUGUUAGUCGACACGGAAAAGAAAUUAAGUCAUGUCAACAAGGAGAAAAAGAAAUGGCAUGUGAAAAAUCCUUUCAAACAUAAGGAGGCUGUUUGUUCUGAUAAUGAUUCACAGCUUAAGGAGGAAAAUGUCAAGUUGAGACAAGAAAUAGAAAACUUAAAGAAGUUACGUUUAGAGGACAAGGAUAAACUUAUGAAGGAGGAAAUGAAAAACGAGGAACUGCUUAUGCGGCUAAGUAAGGUAGCGGGCGAGAAAUUGACAAAAGACAACCCGGCAAUUGCUGAUUUAUCUGAUACAAACAGACCAACUAAACUCGGUGAAGUUUACAGUGAACUUUACGAUAACGAAUGGACGGACGCUCUUGAUGGGCUUACGGGUGCAGGACAUGAUGAUGAGGAAGCAAUUUCUACACUUCAUCUGACAUUACUUAACGUUUAUGAUUUCUGCAAGAAAAAAGCUCAAACUAUGCUGACUAAAACGGACGAUGCGGUCAACUACUUGUUUGAAGAAUACAAGCUUUUACAAGAUAAUCCAGGAACAAAUGGCGUCAACGUUACAACGAUGCAAAAUAAAAGACUUUCAAACAUUCAAAAAUCAGACUUCAGUGAAGGUGGUGAAGAUAACAAUUUCGAGCUGACUGAAAGAUGGAGGUAUAAAAAAGAUAAUGGAACUGGUAAAGAAAACGUUCGAGCAUCAAUGGCGCUUCAGCGCUCUGAGGCCAUACUGGAUAAACUGAAGGUAUUUCAGAAGGAAGUUGCCGAAAUCAUGGUGCCUGUUGUUCAAAAGGCUUACUUAAAAGCAAGCUGGAGGAACGAUGACUUUGUACCUGCUUUGAAGCCAUUUAUUAGAAAAUGUAUAUAUGUUUGUUGGAUGAUGGUAGUCCAGUCACUGCCUAUGUGUAUCCAUGUAAUUGACGUAAACGAACAGGAUAAGUUUGAUAAGAAUCUGUACAAAGAGUACACAACAAGUGGAUUACACAUUAAAUAUAUUGUUUGGCCAGCAAUGCUAUUACACGAAAACGGUCCUGUUGUCUGCAAAGGUAUUGCGCAAGGUUGUGACCAAGUUUGCAGUGCAAAUGACCCCAAAGCGCAUCAGAUGUGUAAACAAUAUAAAUGUAAAUGUACUUGUACCUACUGAUGGAAGAAAUAUUGUCAACCAUUUCUUAAAAGAUGUUAUAUCUAUUAUGAGGAAGCGGCUUUCAACAAAGCUUUUAGCACAAAGCUUUCAUGCUAAGUCUUCGAACAGUUCUUCAAAUAAUGUAUCAAAAGAUUGAUUGCAAGUUUUAUAUUCACCUUUAAAUUUGAAGUGUAUUUAUAUUACCUAACAACACAUUUGAAACUAAUACUGUACAUUUUACUUAAUGACAUUUUUUCUGUCUUACACGGGACCUGUUUUUUUAAAUAUAUUCUUGAACCCCUGCAUUAUUUUAUAAAUCUAUGCUAAAAGAUCUAUAACUGUAAUCUUGUUAACAUGAUUUACGAGGCCAUUAUUUGUCAUGAAUAUUUAAAACUCCCAUCGGGAGUAAGCGUCAGAUUAACUAACGAAGAAACUGGCUGUGACUGAUGAUCUGUUAAGUGUUUCUCCAGCUGAUAAAUGGACCAUUUAAUGUAGACAUCAUAUUUUGGAAUGUGAAAGCUUUAUCCACUUCUUUGCUUUUCUCUGUAUUGCUCUUUAAUUUUCAUACCUAAUUUCACCAUGUAGUAUUGUACUACAAAUGUACAUAUUUUAUUAAAUUAUUUAGAAAUGUCAAAUAAGUGUUUCAUUAUUUUAAAAUAAUGGACUUUACAGCAUGUUAAAUGUCCAACAGGUGAGGGCAAUAGCGCUGAAUGUGCAGUAUUCGGUCAUGAAGAUAGCAAAAUGUAAACAAAGUAGUAUUUUGACUUCCAUACAAAAUACUAUUUCAGUAUAAUUAUACCAAUUGCAACAAAGCAUAGACAAUUUAUGUACAUAUAUAUAUAGAAAAUAUGUAUUUCUUAUAAGACUGUCACAAGAUACCAAAAAUCAGUUUUU